GUGGCUGGGCGGUGAGGGUCUGUGUCCGGCCGAAGGCGACGAGGCGGGGACGACAUGGAAGUGAAGGACGCCAAUUCUGCGCUGCUCAGUAACUACGAGGAAACAUUAAAAUACAUAUCAAAAACACCAUGUAGGCACCAGAGUCCUGAGAUUGUAAGAGAAUUUCUCACAGCAAUGAAGAACCACAAGUUGACCAAAGCUGAAAAGCUUCAGCUGCUGAAUCACUCAACAGCUAUGACUGCUGCUGAGAUCCGGCAGCUGGUGGAGGAGAGCGAAGAACGGAUGGCAGAGGAGCAGAUCGAAGCUCUGCUCCACACCGUCACCAGCAUCCUGCCUGCGGGGCCAGAGGCUGAGCCGAAGACAAAUACCAGCGAUGACGUGACAAUGGACGAAGAGGACCCGGCCUAGAAGAGCACAGUUGGCUCCAGGGUCUUGUGAAGUCGAAAGGCCCAGCAGCCAUUUCCCAGACAUUCAAAAGAUUAUUUAUUUGGUUUUACCUUCUGUCCCAACAGGCCUGAUUUUGUGGCUGCUUUGGUAAACCACAAAAAUAAGCCUUCCUCAAAAAGAAGCUAAAAAGAAAUUCUUGUGCUUUGGAGAAGAGACCUGGUAAAGACAGGCUGAGGUAGUGGUCAGGGCAGAGAGCUAAAGAAAGGAGGACAGGGUUGAGGAGGACAAGGACGGGGAACCCCCUGUGGUAAAAAUCCUUCCAUGGUCUUUGGCGUGCCCGGGGCAAGGUCCUUGCGCGUAGCUGGUAGAAUA